AUGCAGUCGUCUCAGUCGUCACCAACUGGCUCCUCCCUACUCCACCUCUGCCGGCCAGCCCAACUCAAGUCCACUCCGCCGUCCAAUGUGGCCAACCUCGAGGUGCUAGUUUGCGAAGAUUCCAAUGAGUCUGUAACCGACUCGGUGUGCUCGUCUCCCACCUCUGUCCGGUUCUUUCCCCGCCCUGCGCCUCCCAGCCUAAAGGUCGACACUCUGUCUGGAUUGUCUCGCAAGUACCCUUUGCGCCGUGGAACAUCGGACACUGCCUGUACAUCGUCCGCGACCUCGUACGCCAGCACUAGCCUCGAGCAGGUGGCGUGCACAGUCGGGCUCCGGUCGUCUGACCAAACCGCCCUUGUUGCCAAGCCCCAGAGCGAAUGGCAGCGUGACGAGGACACUGCGCUCUGCAGUCACCCUUUCUGCUCCACCAUGUUCUCUCAGACGACGCUCUCCAUCGGCCCUCGACGCCACCACUGCCGGCUCUGCGGACUUGUUUACUGCGGCCAGCACUCGACAGGCCGCCUGCCUCUUGAGACAAGAAACUCCAAGGAUCAGAUCGUUGUCCGAUCGCUCCGCGUGUGUGACGGAUGCUGUGCCAGCACCGAGGACGACUCGGUUCGCCGCCCGAGCGAAUGCGCGCCAAGCUUGACCAGCUCGUCUACGUCGGCCUUUGACGACGAACUACUCGCUAGCCCUCAGCUGUUCCCGGUGCGCUCCAUGAACCGUUCCCUGUCGCAGUCGGCGGUGGACGAGCUCGAGCCCCGCCUUGCUCCCCUCGAGGAGUGGAUGGGCGGUUCCGGGAUCCUCUCGCUCUACCCUCUCGCUGUCACUCCUUCGCACAGCAAGCGCCCAGCUUCACGGACGACGCAGCCAGCCGUUGGUCCGCUUUUUGCACCGACUCUAAGUGAGCGCCGCACUGCGCGCGAAAAGCAACUUCAGCGCCAAAGCCGCCGUCGAAUGUGGGUAUCGACCCCGGUGACCAGCGACGUCGAAUCCAAUGACGAGGGCGACUCGUCUGGUUGGUCUUUACCCAACGGUGAGAGCGGCACGCGCCUGACUCAGGAGCGUGAGGUCAAGCUCGAGUGGUCGACCUUUUAG